GAAAGGCAGCAGCGGAUGGAGGAAGGGAAUAUUCUGGAUUUGCAGGAGAGGAAGGAUGAGGAACGCCGGAAGAUCCGAGAGGAGAAGGCGCGCCUGGCCCGACGUGCUGCCAUCCAGGAACUGCACCAGAAAAGGGCGCAAAAGGCUUCGGACACAAAGCGCUUGGCAGAAGAAGAACUUGCGCUGGUGAAGGAGAGCAGAAGGGUAGCAAAGAAGAAGCCUGCCAAACCUGCUUCUGCAAGGAACAUCAGUCCAGCCAGCAGCGUCACCAAAGCCAAUAAUGCUGGUGAGUCCCUUCUGCGGGUCUCCGAUGCUUUUGGAGCAGUGUGUGACCUGAGGGGGAAGGGGGACGAUGGAGGAGUGGUUCUCACUCUGGGGAGCUGCUUCCAAGGGGCUCUGUUGCAAGUGCCUGAGAACAGUCUGGUUCCUGCAGAGGCCAAUUUCCGCUCAGUAGCUGCAGAGCCAGAAGAAAGCGGCCUCGCAGACCUUGGCUCCGUGCCCUUGCGGGACCCUGGGGCAGAGGACAAGCUGCAGGAUGUGAGCUCCAGAGAGACGGGUGGCGAGGAUCUGGAGACAGUGGUGACUGCUGUCAGCAGGGCUCCGUCCAAGGUCACUCUCAAUGAGCUGCUGGACACGCUCAGGCUGUUGGAGGAAGAGCCAGAGCUGCUACCCCCGCCAAAGCUCUUCAAGAAGGACAGAUAUGCCUGGAUAGACGGGGAGCCCAGCUCCAAUUCCCUGACUGCUGAUAACUUGGAGAAGUUUGGGAAGCUGAACCACUCCCCGGGGGUCCCUGAGGAUGGGGCCCUGCUCUCGGAGGCCAAGCUCCAAAGCAUCAUCAGUUUCCUGGAUGAGAUGGAGAAGUCGGAACAGGAGAGGCCCAGGUCGGCCGCUUCAGCCACACAGCGGGAGGGUCUCCUCUCGGAAGAGGAGCUGGCUCACUUGGAGCAGGCGUCGGCUGUUGCCACGGAGGUCACGAGCUCCAUCAUGAGGCUGAAGCUGGAAGUGGAGGAGAAGAAGCGAGCCAUCAGCCUGCUGCAGACAGCCCUGGCUCAGCAGAGGGAACUGACUGUCCGGCAUGUCAAACAGACUGAGAAGGAGCUCGGCCACCAGCUCAGGCUGCAGAGGGAACAGUAUGAGGCAGCUAUCCAGAGGCACCUGGCCUUCAUCGACCAGCUCAUUGAUGACAAGAAGGUGCUGAGUGAGAAGUGUGAGGCUGUGGUAGCUGAGCUGAAACAAGUGGACCAGAAGUAUGGCAAGAAAAUCACCCAGAUGCAGGAGCAGCACGAGCUGGAGAUUAAGAAACUGAAGGAACUGAUGAGCGCAACUGAGAAAAUCAGGCGGGAGAAGUGGAUUGAUGAGAAAACCAAAAAGAUCAAAGAAAUCACUGUGAAAGGGCUGGAGCCGGAGAUCCAGAAGCUCAUCUCCAAGCACAGGCAGGACAUCAGGCGCUACGGCCGGCAGGCUGAGGAGCUGCGGGGCCUGCUGGAGCGGGAGAAGGAGGAGCAGAGCCAGCGGGAGAGGGAGCUGGCCCGGCAGCGGUACGACAUCAUGGGGGGAGGCUUGAGGGCGGCAGAAGUGAAGGUGCUGAAGGACCGGCUGGAGAUCGAGAAGCAGGCCUGGGAGGCAAACUACAUGAAGAAGGAGGAAGCCUGGCUGCUCUCCCGGGAGCGGGAGCUGCGGGAGGAGGUGAGGAAGGAGAGAGACAAAGAGAUCGAGUUGGUGAUCCAGCGCCUGGAGGCCGACAUGUCCUCGGCCAAGGAGGAGUGCGAGAGGGCAGCAGAGAACAGGAUUAAGAGGAUCCGAGAUAAAUACGAGGUAGAGCUCCAGGAGCUGGAGAGGUCUGAGCGGAAGCUGCAGGAGCGCUGCAACGAGCUGAAGGGGCGGCUGGCAGAGCUGGAAGGGGAGAGCAUUCGUCUGCAGGGCCUGCUGAAGCACAAGGAGCAGGAGGUGGAGGAGAUCCGGAAGGUGAGGGACCAGCUGGCCCAGGAGCGGAGCAGCCUGGCAGAAGUGAUCCGGCAGGAGUUUGUUGACAGGCUGGUGGGGACAGAGGAGGAAAACAAGCGGCUAAAGGCAGAGAUGGCGGAGAUGAGAGCCCGGCAGCGCCUGGAGCUGGACAGGAUAGUGUGGGAGAAGGACAAAGAGCUGGAGGAGGUUCACAGGAGGGUGAAGACAGCGGUCGUGAAGAAGGAGGAGAGCGUGAGCAGCCUUCGGAAGCAGUACGAA